UACAGGCUGUGACUUUUCAACAAAACGAUACUUUUUAAUUGCAGAAUAACAAAAAAACUAAACUUAUUCUAAACUAUAUUGCUGUAAAAUAAGAAUACGUUUGAAAAAAUGUCCGACAUCCAGACGCUAGUAGACAUGGGCUUUCCUAAGGAUAAAGCGGAAAGAGCUCUACAAGUCACCGGUAACAAAGGUGUCGAGGCAGCUAUGGAGUGGUUGUUGGCACAUGCAGACGAAGACAUUCCCUCAAGUAGCGGCUCUUCGGAUGCAGCAGUGUCCCAACCGACUGCUGAACAAACCAGUUCAGCUCCAACGGGUGAGACUGAGGUUGCAACCAGCGACGCUUCCUCUCCGGUGGCAAAGUCCCUCAAAUGUGACGAAUGUGGAAAAUUGUUCAAAUCCCAGGAUGAAGUUGAGUUCCAUGCGGCGAAGACCCAGCACAGUAGCUUCUCGGAGUCCACCGAGGAGAAGAAGCCGUUGUCCGAGGAAGAAAAGAAAGCUCAGCUAGCUUUGCUGGAAGAGAAGAUGAAACGAAAACGACUCGAGCGGGAGGAAAAUGAAAAGAAGGAAGCAUUGGAACGGGAGCGACUGCGGAUCAAAUCUGGUAAGGAUAUGUUAGAAGCCCGCCGUAAGCUAGAAGAGCAGGAGAUGAAAAAGGUGAUGGAUCAAAGGAGACGCGAAAAGAUGGAGGAAAAAGCGGCACGCGAGCGUGUUAAAGCACAAAUCGAAGCAGACAAGGCCGCUCGGAAGGCCAAACAAUCUGGUGAGCCGGUCGCUUCACCGGUACCUUCAAGUACGGUGUCAUCCUCAGGAGAGCUUGCAGCUACUAAGCCAACAACGACGAAGUCUUACACUAACACACGCAUACAGAUUCGCAUGCUAGACGGAAGUGCCUUGGUUGAAACGUUCGACGCCAAGGAACAAUUAGCUGCUGUUAGACUUUUUGUCCAGCUCAAACUCGGUGCGAAUCCAGCACCGUUUGGUUUCAUGACUAAUUUCCCGAAAAAGGUGUUCUGCUCUGAUGAUUAUGAGGUACCACUCGACAAACUGGGUUUAGUGCCCUCAGCUGUGCUGAUCGUAACUAAAACCCCAUGAGUAUGGAACGUGUGACUCGAGCUUCGCAUUACGUAUGGUACUACUCGUUGUAUGUAUUUUUAGGGCUAUUUUCCGGAUUCAAUAAAACGCUGAACAGGCUUGGUUGUCAAAUAUUUA